AGGUGGAAUUUGGAUAAUAUUCGCCCUCUAGAAGCCUACGAGUAGUCGGGUGAUGCGCUUCCGUACGCUUCCGGAGUGUCCGAAGAGCCGGAGCCGAAAAAAAAAUCAAAGAAACUCAAAAUAAACGGAUGUACGCUCGGCGAAGGUGUGCCUUUUGAUCGAAGGAAGCGAGAGGAGAGAGAGAGAGAGAGAGAGAGAGAGAGAGAGAGAGAGAGAGAGAGAGAGAGAGAGAGAAAAGGAUAUACGACUUUGAUGAAUGUCCGCGACUGUCAAAAUUCUUCCUGGUCCCUCAUGCGCAAAUGUCAUAUCGAUAAUCGAUUAUGUUGAUCAGACGAAAAACGGCAAGACGGAUUUCUUCAUUUUCGUCCGACUUAUUCUUUCGAGAACGUUUUUAUUUCCUAGAGGAUAAGCUAGAUAAGAUCGAAAAUAGUUGGAUCUGAAUCAGGAUAUUGCGCUAUCGUUGAUUAGCAUUGAGGCCGCUUAAUGGAGCUCCAUAUAAUUAUGGAUGGCGGUACGGAAACCCUGAACGAAGCUAUGUGGUUCGCUGAGACACCAUCGCCGCCGUACGAACAACUAUCGCCUAAUUGUCCGAACAGAUGCGAUGGAAUAGUAUCGCAGCAAGCAGCCACCGGUUAUAACGAUUCUCGGGAUACAUUGUGGCAAGAUAAGGAGAACGUGCUAAAGAGUUGUUCGGAAGAGGGUGCUGCUCGAAUACGUUCGAGCAACGAAUCGCCGUGUCACGUGUCCUCGUCUCCCGAGCAAACGGGCAAUCCAUCUCAGACGAACAAUUUGAAACGUCGAAACGCUGGUGGCGAACCGACGAUACACCCUGUUUCGGAACUCGAUAGGAAGCACGCUAGAAGAGACGGAUCUAUCGGAAGCAAUGGUUCCACAGGUCAAGGUUGGUCCACACAGGUGGAAGAACUUGCGGAACAUCUGGCCGACUUUGACGGAUCCUUAUCCGCUCUCGCGGCUUCCGAUCUUGCUACAGCCGUCGCCUCCUACAAUAUGAGCGAAGCUUUACUCGCCUUUCCAUCGGUCUUCAAACAGGAAGCACCGUCACCGGAAAAUCAACACAACAGUUCGAAUGAGUUGAACAAGGCAAAUGUUGCGCUCGACAAGUAUUGUAGCAGUGCGUGUUGCAGUUUAAAUCACGUGACCCAGAGAGCAAUAAACGGGCCAGCUUCGAAUAAUACGAACGUCGGUACGAUCGAAGCGGACAACAACAACAACAACAACAACAACAACAACAACAACAACAACAACAACAACAACAACAAUGGACAGUCCGCGGCGGCGAGUCUUCAUCAGCUGCUCUACUCGGGUAACGAGGAAUAUCCGGCGACAUCGACCUCAGGAAAUCACGUUUCUUCCUCUCAACAAGGAAAUGAGUUCAACGAGGAUUGUCGCUUCCAAUACGUUCUUGCAGCGGCUACGAGCAUCGCGACAAAGGUCAACGAGGAAACGCUUACGUAUUUAAACCAAGGUCAGUCUUACGAAGUCAAAUUGAAGAAACUCGGGGAUCUGUCGGCCUAUCGCGGAAGGAUUUUGAAGGGACAUACGACGUUUUUGUUUCAGUCGACGAUUCGUAUUUGUUUUCACGAGAGGCGUCUCCAAUACACCGAGCGAGAACAAAUGCUCGCUUGGCAACGUGCUAGACCCGGUGAAAGAUUACUCGAAGUAGAUGUGCCCCUUAGUUAUGGUAUGGUGGACGUUUGUCAACCAUCUCCGUCCAGCAAUAGCGUAGAAUUUAUGUGGGAUCCCACCAAGGAGGUUGGCGUUUAUAUAAAGGUUAAUUGUAUUAGCACGGAGUUUACACCAAAGAAACACGGUGGCGAGAAAGGUGUACCUUUUCGAAUUCAAGUCGAAACCCGAUUACCCGGCGGACCCCGAUUGCAUGCCGCAUCUUGUCAGGUCAAAGUCUUUAAAUUGAAAGGGGCCGAUCGUAAACACAAACAAGACCGAGAUAAAAUUCAACGGCGACCGCCGCACGAACAGGACAAGUAUCAGCCCGGUUACGAUUGCACUAUUUUAUCCGACAUUCCAUUAGAAGCAUUGUCAUCGUCGAAUUUGAUAGCGCAAAACGGAGCGAGUCCUUACACGUCAACCGAGGCAAUAUCACCACAAAGCCGAGCGAGCGUAGGUGGCAACGUUUCGCCCAUUAGAGCACCCUCGGCCCUAUCGGUCUCCGCUUCCGGAGUCGUACCCUUGGUAUCAGUGCCGGAUGCUGCGAAAGAAAACGUAGGAACGGCACCGGCUCUUCCAUCGCCCGCAGCCAUCUUACCGGAUCAAUCUUGCAUCGUUGAAACCGACAACGUUGGUUUCACGAGGAAAAACGCUAAUUCCACGAAACAAUUGGAAUCUAUGAAAAUCGGAACAUCUUACUUCACCGAAUUGGCACCGGACGCUAAUACAGCGCAAACGAGCGCGUGGCUUCGAGCGGGCCGAUUCAACGCUUUCGAGUCGACCUUCGCAAGUUUCUCAGCUUCUGACAUUUUACGGCUCUCCAGAGACGACUUGAUACAAAUCUGCGGUCUCGCCGAUGGAAUACGAUUGUUCAAUGCUUUGCACUCGAAGGCACCGACGCCGAAACUCACGCUCUAUUUCUCCUUGGAAAGUAACGGCUCGCUCUGGAGAGUCGCUUAUCUCGAUCAUUUGACCAGCAACGCGCUAACGAACAAAUUAACGAGUACUUUGAGCCUAUCUCAGGAUCGUUUACACUCGGUGCUUUUCCUCGGUCCUCAAGGAAUUCACGUUUUGGUUACCGACGAAUUGGUUGCUAAUAUGAAGGACGAAAGCAUGUACUUCGUGGAAACUAUCAAAGAUACGGCCAGCGAACGGUACAAAUUACUCUUGAAAUCAUCCUCACGCUGAACACCGACGGAUAACUAAUCCGUUAGUAUGGGCAUCGAUUUUGUAAAUCUUUAUGAGAAGAUAAUCGAACGAGGAAGAGCACGAUGAUGCGCGAUGAUACUCCGAUACUUUACUCUUUGUGCAAUAUCGUUUAUAUAGAUGUGAUAAAUGUGCAUCGUUAUGGAAGAAAAACGAGGAAACGAUUCAAGCGAGUUAAUCGGCAAAUUUACAUUCUAACUAAUUAAAGAUAAUGCACGAAAGGGAGUCAUCUAUUUAACUUAUCAAUUUGUAGGCGCAUACAUUUGUAUUUAUGACAUAGACGGUAUCGAUCAUCUUUUUUAUACGAUAAUAACAAAUUCUCGUCGUAUGGUAUAUAUUGAUUUCCAAUAUUUCGCAUUAUAAAUCACUUAUAUUUUUGACAAUAAUAGCGACAAUACCGAAAGAAAUGUUCGAGUGUUACGAGCGAAUUUGUUUUUUGCCAUAUUAAUUUAAAUCUAUUUGAGUAAUAUCGAUUUAUGUAUACAUGGCGCGAGUUAAGAAAUGGUCUGGUAAUGGAUAGCCUCGUCAAAUUUGUUACGUUAUUUUAUUUCAUCUCUUACGAGAAAAAUGAAAUUUAUUAUUAAAAAUAUAUUUUUAUUGCGUUAUGAUAUUAAAUAUAACCGUUGUUUUUCUUCUUUUGUUAUUCAUCAGUAAACUGUUGUUGUAUAGGUAGAUACUGACUUUUUAAAAGCAUCACAGAUUUUGAAUACCAAAUGACUAAUAUUUACGUAAUAAAAAAGAAAAAAAAACCUCAUAGUUAUUAACGUCGUAAAAGUUAUUUUAUUAUCGUGUUUGUUCGAUUGAUAUAACUGGAAAAUGAAUGGAGCGAAAUGUGAAAUAUGAAAUUCAUAAAUUUCUUCGUUCUUUCGCAACCAAUGGAAAAUAUUUAUUAAAGCGGCACAAUCGAUUCGCGUUAGGUGCCUUAAUUGUUCUGCCAAGCAUAAUUCCAAAUGCUUCCAAGGAAUGCGGUAUUAAAUAUGCAAAUUGUACAAAUUUGAUCGGUCUUAGCUACGUCUGGUUUCACGGAAAAACUUACCAAGUAUUAUAACCUUCCUGUUAUUUGUUAUGUCGUAAGAGUUUAUACAAACUAUAACUGUUAAUAGGAUAAAACAAAUUAUAAGCAUACGCAUAUAAUGAUAUGUUGUUAUAUAUUUACAAUGAAGCGUACCUGUGCGUCGAACGGCAGCUAUAUUUAGUGUCGUUUUCAUCGUUUGACAUGAUUAUAUCUCCAGUAAUUUACAUUGAUACGUACAACUAAAGAUAUAUAAUAAGAAAGCGAUAAAUUUGCUGAAAAAGCAAUUAAUGCCUAUCUACCUUUACAUAUAUCGCGCGAUUAUAAAUCAGCUAUUUUUUCACUAUGGUAUGUUACGUGCCGCGUAUAAUUAUUAUUAGCUAUUGAUAAUUUUUACUAUAAAAUUUUUUACUGACAUAAUAUGUAUCAUAUAUCCGUUUAAUACGUAUACGUUUCAAAGUCUUUGCGGAACGAAAUAACAAAUCGGCAUGUAAAGGUAGCGUAAUAACGUGUCGUCUCUAUAGAAAAGAAAUUUGAAUUUUGUAAGAUUACUUUUAAAUCUGACGAGGAACACUGUGUACGCUCAUAAAUCCACGCGCGUCGAUAUACAAAUUAUAUUAAGUAUUGUGUGUGUGUGUGUGUGCGUGCGUGCGUGCGUGCGUGCGUGCGUGCAUGCCUGUGCUGUGUAUACGUAGUCUCGCAAUUUGCGUACAAUCAGUCUGAAUAAGCAUAAUAAAUAUUUUUCAAUGAAAUCGUAA